AGAAAUAUCUCUGAAUUAAUUAAAAUAAAUUAACAAAAAAUAAAAUAGUCAACAUGUUAAAAGUGAAGCUUUAUCAAGUGCUAGUGCUAUUCACACUACUUUGUUACGUAGUUAGUACAGCGGAAAUAGUGAGUCCCAAUAGCGACCAAUACCAACUAAUGCAGCGUACGUCAAUACUUUUCGGCUUAACAGUGAUCAGUCGUCCGGAUAUGGUGAGCCAAAACUGUUAUACACAACUGCAGGAAGUACAAAAGGCUAUGCUAAUGCAACAGCCUUGGGCAAUGAAGAUGUACGAUGCAUCUGGCGUUCGAGAGCCUGGAUUCACAAUGGGCAACGGCAUCUGGGUGGGCAGUCGUGACACCUGUAAUGCAGUUAAAACACCCGUCAAUCUCAAACUAUCCACACACGUACCACACAAAAUGAAUCCGAAAAUAUUGACAGAUACGGCACCAUUUCCUACGGACUACCGUGUCGUCAAUUUGUGGCACAAUUCCACAUGGCAAAUGGAUCCAGUAUAUAUCUUUUAUGAACCGCGCAUAAGUAUCGGUCUUUGCUUGCCAAGCGCUUGUACAGUAGCCGAGAUCGCUGAACUGAUGGCCGCCUAUGUGGAGGAUGAUCUAUUUGUGUCGAAUGAUGUUUAUGAUAUGCGCAUGCGUGUUGAAGGCGUAAAGGAUUUGAAAUUACGUGCUGGCUUCUAUUCAAGACCUUCGUUGCUGAUUUUUAUCGGCUGCUGGUUACUGACUCUGCUGCUGACAUUUAUGGCGUCGUGGCAACGUACGAAACGCAAUAGCGAAGCGAUUGAGGUGGUUGCAAAUGGCACGAAGUCUACGAACGAUCAUUUAAUUGCAAAAAUUCAAACGAAAACAAAAUCGACAUGUAAUGGAUUUAUUGAAUGCUUUGAUGUUCAAAACAACUGGGAAUUGCUUUACCCAACGGGCACAAGUGGUGGCACAGACGCUUUUCCGGCGGUGAAUGGUUUACGGUUUUAUGGUGCGAUGGGCGUAAUAUUAUACCAUAUACUGUGCGGCAGUUAUCUGGGAUCAAGUAAUAAAUCCGUGCAUUACAAAUUAACAAGUAGUUUUGGAAAUUUGGACGUUUUUGUGGAUCUGUUUUUUACAAUAAGUGGCUUCCUGCAAAUAUACCACUUUUUCCGAGACAUCAAAACUAUUGAGAUCAUACGAAGCAAUGGUGUAAUGAAGAAUACGAAAGCGGUAUUUAUGUACAUAAUGCAUCGUGUGAUAAGACUGGGUCCUUUGUACUUCCUUGUUAUCUGCAUGGCUGAUGCCGGAGCGCUUUUUAUGGACGAUACAUCGGUUUUCCACUUUAGCCACAAAUUAUACGCCAACUGCGAGUUGUAUUGGUGGCGCAGUGUGCUCUUCAUACAAAAUCUCUUCAAUCACGAAGAUAUGUGCGUGUUUUGGUCGUGGUCAUCAGCAUGUGAUAUGCAAUUUUAUAUCUUCAGUAUAAUUCUACUGUUCAUCUAUACAAAACACCCAAAAACCGGCAAAGCUCUCACUCUCGCCACUGUAUUAGCAAAUUUGGUCUACACCAUCCAUACCGCCAUCACUUUGAAUUAUAAGUUUUCCUUUGAGACCACAUCGGUGCUAUUCACCGAACUCUAUAUGAAUCCGCUGUCACGUGUGUUGGCCUACGUAAUUGGCGGCGUGGCUGGCUGGUUUUUCGUACAAAACCAACAAAAGCAGCUGUAUGCGAACUUCUUUCAAAAUCAGUCUCUACAAGAGUUUCUCGGCUAUUUGGCGAUGAUUGGCUUCUUUACUGUCAAUUUCGCCAAAGUCUCCGAAGGUUAUUCAGUGGUUUCCUAUGUGGCAUUGUUGGUCGUUCAACGUGUGAUAUUUUCGUCGAGUGUUUGUCUUUUGAUAUUCGCAAAUGCGGCGGGUAGUGUGAAGUGGUUCUUUGGCUUGUUGGAGAAUCCAUUCUUCAAGAAAUUCAAUCAAAUUACUUAUGCGAUGUUCCUCUUAAAUCCUCUACCUAUGGCUCUACUGGUUAGCUUCAAUAAUAUUGGUCGCUAUGCCAGUCCAUAUAGUUUAGUAAUUGAAUACAUUGGCAUUUGCGUGGUACUGUACGCGCUGUGCACAACUUUCGCUUUAUUUUUCGAAGUGCCCUAUAAGAAUAUAUCUAAAAUGUUGGUCCAGCGCACCAAACCCAAGACGAACUAAGCAAAGUUUACUAGCGCGAACUGUGAUGGAACUAAAUUUAUGAUUGUAAAUGAAUUUAUUGUAACAAUAGAAGCAUUUUAUACAAAUAAAAUCUAUACAAAAAACUAUA